AUGAACGAAAAUAAUACGAAUUCUUUUCAACUUUUUGAAACUUCUUCAACAAGACUUGCCAAAUUUAUUUUAUUUGUUUCACUCGAACCUCCAGGUCUUCUCUGUAACUUUUUUCUUGUAUACCAUCUUAUUACGGAUCGAGUUCUUCGUCGAACACUUCAUCAUCAUGUUGUAUUAGUCUUACUUAUCGUUAGUCUUUUGACAAAUACAAUCGAGGUUCCUCGUGUAUUAGCUUUUCUUCAUAUUGGUUUCGUCACACCAGCAACAACAACUAACUGUAUCAUAUGGCAAUGGUGUGAUUUUACACUUUGUAGCAUUAAUAAUAUGCUCAUGUGGUGGAUGUCAAUAGAACGACAUUUAUUAAUAUUUCAUUCACAUCUAUUCGAUACAUCUAAACGUCGUUGGCUUUUACAUUAUAUACCACUUCUAGCAUUGGUGAUAUAUAUUGCUGGUUUUUAUGCUAUAGUGAUUUUUUUAUACCCAUGUGAACCGCAACCUGAUUAUUUCUCAGUACUUUGUGGUUUACCGUGUUUUUCUCUCGAAUCAUAUUGGCGUGGUCUUCCGAAAUUAUUUCUUAAUAAAACAUGUGCACGGGAAGUUUAG